AUGCUGCGCGCAUUACUUGCGGAUUUGUUUAUAGCUGGAAGCGAUACAAGUGCAACAACCUUCGAGUGGGCAAUGGCUGAGUUGCUACAAAACCCAUCAGCCAUGGCGAAAGCUCGUGAAGAACUUGCUCAGGUGAUUAGCUCCAAAUCAGAAAUCGAGGAAUCGGACAUUGGCCAGCUCGAGUACAUCCAGGCCGUUGUGAAAGAGGUGUUCCGCUUGCACCCUCCCGCUCCAUUCCUUAUACCCCGCCAAGCCGAAGCGACCACGGAGCUAAGAGGUUACACGGUGCCCAAGGGCGCGCGCGUGAUGGUGAACGUCUGGGCGAUUGGCCGAGACAGCGAGUUGUGGUCCGAACCAGAGAGGUUCAUACCGGAGAGGUUCUUGGGGAAAGACAUGGAUUACCGAGGCCGAGACUUUGAACUCCUUCCGUUUGGUUCUGGCCGACGGAUCUGCCCAGGGAUGCCGCUGGCUGUGCGCAUGGUGCAUCUAAUGCUUGCGACACUGCUGUACCGGUUUGAGUGGAGGCUUCCAAGAGAAGUGGAGGAAAAUGGGGUGGACAUGGGGGAGAAGUUUGGGAUUGUGCUAGCAUUGGCCACCCCUCUCCAGGCCAUAGCUGAACCAAUGUAA